CCAUCAAUUUGACGUUUGAAGAAAAGUUUGUAGAACGUCUAGGCAUCGUAAAUUAUACCAUGUUGUAGCAAAAAAGUAAACGGAGACAACAAAUAGUAUAAAUGUACUAUUUUAUACUCACAUAAAGAAAUAUACAUAUACAAAACCUCAUUGUGAGGAACCAAGUAUUGGCUUACAACUUGGAACAACAGAAAACUAUUUACAUUUAAGUUAAGAUUGACUUACUUUUAAUAUAAUAGAAAGUUAUACAUACAUUUUAUAUUUAAUACAUACAUUUUAAACAUGGGUAGAAAGUCAUCCACCAAACCCUUGACGAAAGAGAAAAAGAAGUGUAAAGCUACGGUGGCGAAAUUCCGUAAACAAAACGUUUAUUCUCAAGAAAUUGGAAAUAGUAGCAAAUUGUCAAAUAGUAGCAAUAGCAUAGAUUUCAGUACUUUGGACGAUAUCCGUGUAAAAUAUGAGAACGAACUCGAAGGUGAUAGUGAUUCUGGAGGUCAUUAUUCCUUCGAAUGCACAGACUAUGUAAUGGAAGACAACAAUACGGAUCUACCUCAAAAUAUAAACUUAGAACUUAAGGCGUGGGCAAUUAGGAAUAAUAUAACCCAUAAUACUCUGACGGAUUUACUGGGGAUUUUACAUAAAAUAGGUGUAAAUGGUUUACCCUUAUCGGCGGAAACUCUCUUACGUACAAGUAGAGAUAAGGGUGAAAUAAAUGACAUAUCUGAUUUUACCUGUGCUUCACCCGCUCGCGCCUUGGUUACUGGGUAUAUGCCUCAUACAAAGAAGCAUAGUACCUGGAAAUCUCCUAGCCGCAUUAUCAGUGACAUGGAUGAUGAUGAGUAUUUUGAGUUUUCACCCAAAAUUCCCAUAUCAUCGGCAGAAGAACUGUUGACUGUGGAAACGAAGUUAAAAUCGAAGGCCAGUUAUGAUGCAAUGGCGCGGCUACUGGUAAAGACAAAAAGCUUUAAAGGAAGUGUGGAUGGUGUCCUUCGUUCAUUGUUUACAGACGAUUUAAUGGUGCACUACAAUUUAGAGGGACGAAAGGCGAAAUUGGCGCUUUUGAAAUUAAAGUGCAUUGAUGUAAUAUUUGAUGUUUUUCCAGAACGCCCAAAGGAACAAAUACUUUUAGAUAUAAGACAUUUUAUAGCCUCAAGUCAUAAUAGAAAAAAGCAACAAAAGCAUAAAUUAAAGAUUAAGGUUCUUUAAGUAACGUACAUAUAUACAUAGGUUACAUUGUAAAUAUUAAAAUGUUAGCUAAUAUAAUAUUAUAUAUAAUUAGUUGUACGAUGUAUGUACAUAAAUAUUGUAGGUUUAUGUAUACGUCAAUAUAUAAUAUAAUAUAAGUAAAAUAAGAUGAGCACACAUAUUUUCUAUUUUAAGUAAAGUAAUAAUACAUAUACAAAUAACAAUUAAUAAAUUUAGUUAUAUGAAAA